GCAGAGAGCUUUUCCCCGGAGCCACGCCCACUGCCCGUUGCUGGGCUACCGCGUCCCGGCAUGAGGGGAGGCCCAGAGCAGGGCGGGAGGCUGCGUGUCUGUCAGAGCUGUCACCGCUGCCUGUCAUGAGUCCAGUCCAGGAGCCAACCCUGAGCUGCUCGCAGACCCCUAUGAGAGCUUCAUGCAUCACCAUCUCCAGUACUAUGGCUACUUCAGAGAUGAGGAGAAAACUGCAGAAAGCAGCUCCCUUGUGUCACGAGAGCGCAGAUCAAAGAGCUCAUACUCUCUGCUGGAGCAGGAGACCCUCCAGGAGAGCGGAGGAUUGGACCUCAAUUCCCUUCAGGACAACAGGAAGAAGCUGAUCUGUUCUCUCAUGCUGGAGGCUGCACUUUUCAAGAGCAAACAGCUUCUGUUCAAUCACCUUGAGGGCCCUGGGGUCCCACGCCUGCGGGAGCCACGGGGUCUCUUUGCUGUGCCCACCUCGAGAGGCCCCCUGCAGGCGCCACGCUGGCCAGUGGAGUGCGAAGUCAUCAAGGAGCAAAUCCAACACAUCGAGUGGGUGCCGUCUGAACCGGAGCCAUUCUAUCAGCCCACAGGAAAUGAGCCGGCCCCACUAAUUGUGGGGGAGGAGAAAGGAACCGUGGUCUAUCACAUAAAGCCAGCGGCCAAAGGCUCCUAUUUUACCUGCUCCCGCGUUGGAGGCGUGCGAGGGCCCAUUACGUCAUCCGCCAUCAGCUUGGAAGGUCCAGAGGACACCACCCUGCUCUUUGAAUCCAGAUUCGAGAGCGGGAACCUCCAGAAGGCCGUCCGAGUAGGCCCAUACGAGUAUGAGUUGACGCUGCGCAUGGACCUGUACACCAACAAGCACACCCAGUGGUUCUACUUCCAGGUCAGGAACACCAGGAAAGGCAUCACCUACCGCUUCUCCAUUGUCAACCUGAUGAAGCCCAAGAGCCUGUACAGCAUGGGGAUGAAGCCACUCCUGUACUCACAGAGGGAUGCGCAGACACACGGUGUGGGCUGGCGGAGAGAGGGGGGCAACAUCCGGUACUACCAGUGCAGCUCCGAAGAGGGUCAGGCAAUGUAUUGUCUCACGUGGACGGCAUGCUUCCCCCAUGACCAUGACACCUGCUACUUUGCCCACUUUUACCCCUACACCUUCUCGGACCUGCAGCGCUACCUGCUGGCAGUGGUCAGCGACCCGGUCCGCUCCCAGUACUGCAAGCUGCGGGUCCUGUGCAGCAGUCUGGCUGGCAACACCGUCUACCUUCUCACCAUCACCAGCCCAUCCCAAAACCCCACUGCCACUGCCGCCAAGAAGGCCGUGGUGCUGAGUGCCAGGGUGCACCCUGGGGAGACCAAUGGCUCAUGGGUGAUGAGAGGUUUCCUGGACUUCAUCCUGAGUGAUUCCCCCGAUGCCCAGCUCCUCCGUGAGCUCUUCAUAUUUAAGGUGGUGCCCAUGCUCAAUCCAGACGGGGUGAUCGUGGGGAACUACCGCUGCUCGCUGGCCGGGAGAGAUCUCAACCGCAACUAUCAGACCAUCCUGAAAGAGUCCUUCCCCUGCAUCUGGCACACCCGGAGCAUGAUCCAGAGAGUCCUGGAGGAGCGGGAGGUUCUGCUGUAUUGUGACUUCCAUGGGCACAGCCGCAAGAAUAAUGUCUUCAUGUAUGGCUGCAACAACAAGAGCACUCCUGCCCAGUGGCUCCAUGAGCGCAUCUUCCCACUCAUGCUCAGCAAGAACGCCCCUGACAAGUUUUCUUUCCACAGCUGUAAGUUUAAGGUCCAGAAGAGUAAAGAAGGGACGGGCCGAAUUGUGAUGUGGAGGAUGGGAAUCCCCAACAGCUACACCAUGGAGUCCACCUUCAGUGGCUCAACUCUGGGCAGAAAGAGCGACUCCCACUUCACCUCAGAGGAUCUCAAAUCUCUGGGCUAUCACAUUUGCGACACACUGCUGGAUUUCUGUGACCCCGACCGCACCAAGUUCCUGCAGUGUCUGUCCGAGCUCCAGGAGCUGCUUCAGCAUCAAAUCCAUCGAAAGCUCAAGGAUCUGGGCCGUGGGCAGGACUCAGACGGUGCAUGGAGUGACAUCUCCCUGUCAGACAUUGAGACCAGCACCAGCGGCUCCAACAGCUCGCAGUCCGACGGCCUACCUGCUCAUUUACUCAGCAUGGCAGAGAAGUUCCAUCAGAAGAAGAAGAAGCGGCUGCGGACGAGGAAGGAGAGGAACGAGCUGCGUCAGAAGUACACCUCGAGCCAGGGGCUGACGUGCCAAGACAAGACCCCGGUGGCUGGGGAGAGAAGGUUGGGGAGCCCCACCUGCCGGACCCACCAGCCUGUCAGCGCGGCGGAGGACAGCUCUGGCAAACAGGGCAGGACUCCAGAAGCUGGCCUCAUUUCAGAUCUACAGAGGAGAGAACCUAAUGCCUGCCAGGAGAAGCUACCAGUCUGCUGCGGACCGCCAAGACCCCACACCGAGCGCAUCCGUAGGGAGUGCCCUGGCAUCGGCAGCUCAACGUUGGCGCACUCUGCAUCCACGGUUGGAGCCAGCCCAUGCAGGUCUGUGUGGUGGGGCCCCAAGCAGCCCACUGUGACUCUACUGCUGAGCAGAAACCUCUUCCCGAGACCCCAGGUCCCUGGCCAGAGCGUGCCCGUUGGACCCCACAAGCUGAAGCGGAGCCAGUCACAACACCUUCUGCCUCCCAGACGAGUCACAUGGAGCCUGCUGGACCUCCAGCCCCCCUGCAUGGAGCCAGAGAGACGCAAGAGACCCUCCUGGCCCCAGUAAGGGGCUGCAGGGCUGGGACUCUCCCUGCCAGAGCCCCUCCCGCCUGCAUUGGCAGGAUCAUUAAAGGACUUUGGAACAGUCAUCCGGGCUCCCUCCCUGAAAGGGGCUGUGAAGAUCGGCACGGCCCAGGACCCCUCUGAUGACUGGCUCUGAGAGCUGCCGGCGGUGGGCAGAGGAGCCUCACAGGCUGCUCAGGGCUCCAGUGGGGGGCUUGGCUGUUCCGAGUGCAGGCCGACUGCGCCAUGAGCAUUGCACCAUGGCCUUUCCUUGUGCUGGCACAGAACCCCAGCCGGCCGGCGUGCGGCAGGUACCACGUACAAACGGCUGUUAACAGCUCACAGGCUGGGAGAGCAGCUGUCAGCCCACGCCCCCGCGCCAACUGGCUGUGUUCAUCUCGCUGCACUGUCCCCGUCUUCUGCGGGGUGUUGGCGCCAUCUGGCCCAGCCCAUCAGCUCUAUGGCCUUGAGCCCGCCCUUCCCUGUUCUGCCCUUAUCCUGGGUCCACCAGGGCCAGGCUUUCAAAGCACAGUUCUCCCUCUCCACUCCUGAACAGCUCCAGGCGACCAGGGGGCACGUGGCAUGGUGCCAUUGGGCAGUCCUGAUUAUUAAAAUAUCUCCUGUUCUUUCUCAAAGCGAUGAUGCAGCCGGGGCAGCCCGGGUCAAAAAGAAAACCUCCCCGGAGAAACCGGGAGCGGGGCGUUAUUUCAGCAGGGCCAGGGCAUGCCUGGUUGCCAGCAGUAACCUAGUCAGGUACCUUCAUUAAAGAGUCCAGAGGUCACUGCAGGCUGGUCAUUUCUUGCAGACGGCCGCAA